GACCGAAUGGAUGCUUCCUUCCACUUCCUUCCUGAAUGAACCCAAAUCUUCAAUCACCGAACCUACCCUACCACUGCCUACCACCGGUCGGCCCAGCUAAAUCUUGCAGCUCAUGAAGUGUUUCAGCGACAUUAAAGAUGAGUGUCCCAUUAGAAGAACUGAGAGCGAGGCGCCUCGCUCACAUAGAGGAACGUGAGCGUCGUGAGCGUGAGGAACGUGAGGAACAUGAGAGGAGGGAGGAUGAACUAUGUGAUGCCUUCCAAAAUGAAGCUUUGAUUGAAGAUUCCAGUUGUGCACCAGACGGAUUGCAGCAAAGCCCUGAUGGUUUGGAGCAGCAGCUUGGACCUGGAGUGCCUGCUGCAGUGCCUGCUGCAGUGCAUACUGAGUCUACUGGUGGUUUAGAGCUGGUGCCAGUAGUGCGCAAGGCUGGCAAUCAGUUUGACAUGGGCCACGCUAUCAGCUCACUCUUGUCCCAAGUUGGACAGCCCUCCAAUGGUAGGAAUAGUGAGCCAACAAUUAUUAUUUGCUUCAAUAACCAACCUGGUGUGGUUCAACAUCCUGGCAUGAUGCGAAGCGAGGCAACAAGACUGACACGGAGUCCCAGUCCUGAUGUAGUAAUUGUGGAGCCGCCUCAAGAUUCUAGAAGUGGUUCUUCAGCUGCAAUGUCUGCUCCACCUAAUCAACCCGACUCAUGGGAACCAACUCCAAGGUUCAGGAGUCCCAGUCCUGAUCUCUCAGUUGGUAGGGCAAGGAGCCCAAGUCCCUAUUCGGAAAGGAGGAGUGCCACACCUGAUUGUGUUGUUAGCAGGAGAAGAAGCCCAAGUCCAGAUCUCUUCGUUCCUAGGAGGAGACUGAGAAGUCCAAGUCCAGCUGCUACAAGGACAAGAGAAAGUGCAUCUGCAACCAGUAGCUCUAGAGGCCAUUCUUCCAGACUGCCAAGGGAGCCGAGUCCUGAACAAGACUUCUUCAGAAGGCCUACUAGAGGCCAAAGUCUUGCUUCUGCAUGGAGCAGAGAAGAUGCAUCUGCUGCUACGGGCAGUGGAGCUGGUCCUCGAUCAAGGCUGUCGCUGUCAUUAGAUCGCAGUCCUGGUUGCACAUUUCCAAAUAGUAGAGGAGAGACGAGCACUAGCUAUGAGAGUUCAGCUCUGACUACAAAUUCGAGGACCAGCCAUGAUUUCUCCUUUUUGAGGCCCACUGCAUUCAAUAGCACUACUUCUUCCUCUGAUGGUCAAACAGAACGCAGUCUCAGCCCACACUUUCAACAGCCGUCCACUUCACAAGCUUCCACUGAAAUACAAAUUGUGGCCUGCACAAAGGGUUUCUCUGACGAUGGUGCUUCAUCCAGCUUGGCAGACAUUGUAACUACUGAGCCUGGCCUCAAUCCAUCCCCACCAACACAACAAGUACCAGCUCAAAAGGGGAUACGGCUGGAGUGUUCUAUUUGCCUUGGUGUGGUUGUGGGAGUGUUUACAAGCACUCCAUGCGGUCAUGUUUUUCAUCUGAUUUGCAUCAAGAAAUGGUUCAAGUCUAACGGAAGUGCUGGAAGUAUUUUUCGGUGCUGCCCUUUGUGCAAGAAGAAGUUUACUCCGUCCGCUUUAGGAAACUUGAAAUUGUAGUGAAGCAAGUAGUAAUUCUCAACCCCAUCUAUUUGAUUUUUAUUGUACACCUGUUUUUAUCCUGUUUCAAUUAAUGUAUACACCUUUACAGCAUAUUUCUUCUUAGCUUCUUACUCUUAAGUUGUUAGUACAGAGCAUUUUACUUUCUUGACUGUUGAUUCUCCUUAUUUGCGAAGUCAAAACUUAUUUAAUGAUCAUGUUGAUUUACCGUACAUUACCUGUUGCACUAUGAGUCAACUGGUUUGUUAAUUACAAUGAUUUUCUUGUUGCACUUUCACACUUGCAUUGUAACUGUCUUCAUAGCUAUUAUGUACGUCCUGUUCAGCACAAUUUCUUUUAAUUAAGCUUGUAUUGCAUCACUUGAACAAUCAUUGCUGCAGCUUACUAAUAUAUCACUUUGAGAUUCA